AUGAAUGGAAGAUCAGGCCCGAAUAUGAACGCACGCCAUUCGCAAAUCGGUAGGAAGUGGCUCUUCAUGGGUCAACUCAAUAGUUUCCUAUUCAGGUCAUCAACUACUGAGACUCUCCCAACUACCACGAUAACAACAACUGCUCCGACAACUGCGACUGAACGGACUACCACGACUGCUCCUACUACAGAAACAACUACCACAACACCACCGGACACCACUAGUACUGUGGCAUUCACAGAUACUACGAGUUUAACCUCUUCCACAACCAUUAGGACUAUGACCGCCGCUACGACUACCACAACCGAAACCACUACGCCUGAGGGGUUCUUCGAGUCAGAACUACUAGCUGGCAAUCUUUGUCAGUUGUACGUACGUUGCGUCGUGAAAAUUUUUCCAUUCGACGGUACCAACUAG